CUCGUCUCUGGCACCGGAAACCAGGACAAACCGAGCCUGUUCUGUUGUGUAACUGCACGUUUUGGGCUCAGAGUGGACAGUGGGUCUUACUGCAGUGUCUAAUAACAUCUGAAUGACCCCCUGACUGACAACUAUGCCUGUAGAGGGUUCAGAGGACCAGAUACCCUCCUCAUUCUCCAGCCCAGCCAGUGCUGCCCUCACCCCAGGAGGGACAGAGGAGGAUGGAGCUGCAGGAGGAUCAGGAGGCUGCUCUUUACCUGAAACCACUCAGGGCUCUGAGGCUGCUGCAGCCUAUCCUGCCAACACUGGACCCGCAGAAAGCAACAGUGCUGGCAAGAAAUCUGGGGCCUUGUUGCAGAUCAACCGACAGCGUAUCCAAGCAGCUAGUGCCAGCUCAGGAGCAGAUGAACUUCAAGGCCUUGGUGUUGCUGUGUAUGAUCAUGACAUCCUUGAGCAAGGUGUCCUGCAGCAGGUGGAUGAGGCAAUACAGGAGGCCAGUGAUGCUGCUGCUAAAGCUGAGGCUGCGAAGGAGUACCAGUCUGUGCUCGAUGAUGUCAGAUCUGUUACAUUAUCUCUGAAACAAGUUAACAAGAUUAUUGAACAGCUAUCUCCCUACGCUGCUUCCAGCAAAGAUAUCAGUAGAAAGAUUGAAUCUGUCAAACGACAGAAAGAAAAUAAGGAAAAACAGCUGAAGAAAGUUAGAGCCAAACAGAAGCGACUUCAGGCCAUUCUUGGAGGAGAGGACACCCAAAGGGUUGAAGCUGAGCUUUUGGCUGAGGAUGAUGAAGAAGAGGAAGAAGCUGGGCCGUCCACUCUGGGCAGCAUGCUCAUGCCAGCUCAGGAGACAGAAUGGGAGGAGCUUAUCCGGAAAGGUCACAUGACUCCUUUUGGAACCCGAAUCCCUCAGAAAGAGGCAAAGAAGGAGCCUCGGAAAGUGAUGCUUGUUGAGAAUUCGGCCUUUGACCAGUACCUGAAUGACCAGGCCAAGUUGGCUACGGAGAGGAAGAAAGUUCCUCCUUUAAAGAAGAAGAGGCCCUCGGGACUCAGUCCUGACAAGGGAUCCAUGGUAAAAACCAAAAGAUAUAUUUCUUCUCCCAAGGAUAAAAAAUUAAAGAAGCGUAUGCGGAAGCUCCAGAUAACUGCUCUGAAGGCUCAUCCCAAAGCUCGGGCUAAGGUUGAGCCUCAACUCUCUAAACCAAAGAGGAAGCUUCAUACAGAGGGAGGGGAGACUGAAAGUGAUGGGUCAGAGUAUCUGCCCUCUGAUGAAGUUGUAGAUCCUGAUGAAGAGGACAGAGAAGCCAUGGAGGAGGGGUUUGGGGAGGAGGAUGAUGAAGACUAUGAGUUAAAACCGUACAAAAGAAAAACUGAAGGGAGAACGAAGAAGAAAGGCAAGAAAAAGCAGGACAGUGAGGAAGAAUACUGCCCCGAGAGUUCAGAUGAAGAGGAGGGUCCGAAAGGUAAACAGAUGAGAUGCAAAGACGAUGGAGACGUGGAAUACUACAGACAGCGAAUAAGGAGAUGGAAGCGACAACGUCUUCAAGAAAGGGAGGAGAAGAGGCAAAGAGGUGAGGAGCUCACGGAUGACAGUGAUGCAGAGUUUGAUGAAGGCUUCAAAGUGCCCGGAUUCCUGUGGAAAAAACUUUACAAGUACCAGCAGACAGGUGUGCGGUGGCUGUGGGAACUUCACUGUCAGCAGGCAGGUGGCAUCCUGGGAGAUGAGAUGGGAUUGGGUAAAACCAUCCAGGUCAUCAGCUUUCUGGCUGGACUGAGCUACAGCAAACUGAGGACCAGAGGAUCCAACUACAGGUACGUUGGUCUUGGACCUACAGUCAUUGUGUGCCCAGCUACAGUCAUGCACCAGUGGGUGAAGGAGUUUCACACCUGGUGGCCACCUUUCAGAGUAGCUGUUCUACAUGAAACUGGCUCCUUCACCAGCAAUAAGGAAAAGCUCAUUCCAGAGAUAGCAUCAUGUCACGGAAUCCUAAUUACCUCAUAUUCAGCUGUGAGAAAUAUGCAAGACACCUUACAGCGAUACGACUGGCACUACAUUAUACUGGAUGAGGGCCAUAAAAUCAGGAAUCCAAAUGCUGGGGUUACCACUGCUUGCAAACAGUUUCGCACUCCCCACAGGUUCAUCCUGUCGGGCUCUCCCAUGCAGAACAAUUUAAAGGAGCUGUGGUCUCUGUUUGACUUUGUCUUCCCCGGCAAACUGGGGACAUUACCUGUGUUCAUGGAGCAGUUUUCUGUGCCAAUCACCAUGGGAGGAUACAGCAAUGCUUCACCUGUGCAGGUCCAGACAGCGUUUAAGUGUGCAUGUGUGCUGAGGGACACCAUAAAUCCUUACCUGCUCAGAAGGAUGAAGGCAGACGUCAAGGCCAAUCUCUCCUUACCUGACAAAAAUGAACAGGUCUUGUUUUGCAGAUUAACAGAAGAUCAGCGGCAGGUGUAUCAGGGCUUCUUGGAUUCCAAAGAGGUCUACCAGAUACUAAAUGGAGACAUGCAGGUAUUUUCAGGCUUGAUAGCACUCCGUAAGAUCUGUAACCACCCCGACCUUUUCUCGGGCGGCCCCAAGAUACUGAAGGGAAUCCAAGAGGACCAGCUGACUGAGGAGGAACACUUUGGGUUUUGGAAACGCUCAGGGAAACUUAUAGUGGUGGAGUCACUGCUGCGUCUCUGGUUCAAACAGAACCACAGAGUCCUGCUCUUCACUCAGUCAAGACAGAUGUUGCACAUCUUGGAGGUGUUUGUGAGGGAGAAUAACUACACGUACCUGAAAAUGGACGGCACUACCACGAUAGCUUCCCGACAGCCGCUCAUAGCUCGCUACAACGAGGAUAAAUCCAUAUUUAUUUUCUUGUUGACCACUAAAGUUGGAGGUCUGGGAGUCAAUCUGACAGGAGCCAACCGAGUCAUCCUCUAUGACCCAGACUGGAACCCCAGCACUGACACACAGGCAAGAGAGAGAGCGUGGAGAAUUGGUCAGACACAGCAAGUGACAAUUUACAGACUGCUGACUGCAGGGACCAUUGAGGAGAAAAUCUACCACAGGCAAAUCUUCAAACAGUUUCUGACCAAUCGUGUUCUGAAGGACCCCAAACAAAGACGGUUCUUUAAAUCAAACGACAUCUAUGAACUCUUCACCCUGACUGACCCCGAUGGAUCUCAGGGAACAGAGACCAGCGCCAUAUUUGCAGGUACAGGUUCUGAUGUCAAGGCACCUAAGAAAACAGAGAGACCAAAGCCAUCACACACAUUGAACCAUGCACAUAAACACUCCUCAGCUACCUGGAGUGAAAGCGGUGCAGACAGCAGACACUCCUCAGCUAACAUGACUGCACUAAGGGAUGGAAAUCCCUCUCUGUGCAGUACAAGCUCUCAGGGUAAACUGAAUGUCCCGGCAGGAAGUCAAAGCACCAACCAGAAUGCUGUGGAUGUAAACCCAAAUAUCUCAACAUAUAUGCAGCGCACAGGACAAAAUAAUAGAGAGUGGGGUGCAGCCAAAGCAGCCGUCAAGAACUCAAACUCUACCAGAGACUCUGCUUUGACUAGUCCGCAGAAACACAGGGAGAAGAGGAAGCACUGUGACUCCGCCAACAAACACAAACACAAGCAUAAGAAACACAAACGAUCUCAUGACGCUCGGUUUGAAGGCCAACGCAUCUCUCACUUGGUGAAGAAAAAGACCUUCAAUAAAGCAGAGAAUGAAGACAAUGGUACAGGAGAGGAGAAGAAAUCGGACGAUUAUGUCUUAGCGAAGCUCUUCAAGAAAUCUGGGAUCCACAGUGUAAUGCAGCAUGACUCCAUCAUCGAGUCCUCUAACCCCGACUACGUUCUUGUGGAGGCAGAAGCCAACAGGGUGGCCAAAGAUGCCCUGAAAGCUCUUAAGGUUUCUCGCCAGCGAUGUAGACAGUCCUUCAGUAGACCGCCUCCUCCACCUGCGAGAAAACGGUUUGGUCAAAAGAAGAAUUCUCUUCUGGCUGCACCCUCUGUGCAGUCUGCCCCUCUGCCCACUAAAUGCAAGGAUGCUGCUGUCGUAAAAAAAUCAGUGUCAAAGAAGCCUGGUUCAGGAGCUCUCUUCAGUGGGGAGUGUACAGAGAGCGGCUCAAACUCCACCCCACUCUCCUCCUCCUCCCUGCUGGCCAAGAUUAGAGCCCGCAAUCACCUCAGUAUGCCCUCGUGCCAAAGAGAAGAAGAGGAAGACGAGGAUGUGUCCGCCGCUCCGGGAAGGAGCUCCCCUCCAGCUCCGCCCACCCAGCAUGACGAGCUGCUGGUCGAUCUGCGCAACUUUGUAGCCUUCCAGGCGAACGUGGACGGACAGGCUACGACUCAGGAGGUGCUGGGGUAUUUCCAACCACGUCUCACCAAGGAACAGGCUCCUGUCUUCAGAGAGCUGCUCAGGAGCAUCUGUGACUUCCAUAGGACUUCAGGUCAGGAGGGAAUGUGGAGGUUGAAGGAGCAUUUCCACUGAGUGAAACACAGAAGGAAGUGGAGCAAAAGACUCGACUGUGACUCAUAUGUACACAUGAGCCAGUCGUGUUCAAGCUAACGAUAUCUUUGUCAGCAUAUGUCAAAUGAAGAGCUGUAUAAAAAUGCAAAAAAUGAGCCACACAAGGAUCAAAUGGAUACUUUGUAUAUUGAAGAUUGUUAUUGAUGAAGCCAGUUUACUGUCAGGUUAAGCUGAUUAAGUCAUUAGUUAAUGAUCUAUUUACUGACAAAUUAAGGGAAAACCAGUUGCAAUGACUAAUUUAUUUCACCUUGUUUUGAGUUUCUGUUGAAUGUACUUGUUCAUACUUGAAUUAUCUUCUUUUUUAUUGUUAUUUGUCUCCAAGUUAAAUCUAACCUGUAGUUCUGAUUCACUCCAUCAUACGUUUACUUUCCAACAAUGUCAACUCAUUACGAAAUCACAUGUCAUAGUGUAAAUAUGACCAAAUCACCUCAGGGUUGGUGGAUUUUUAUCAUGACUGACUUUUCUUUAACUGUGAACCCUAAAGUAUUUGUUAAUUCACUAUUAUUGUGGAGGGAGUUAAUGCCAGGUGUAGUUAUUUAGGAGCAUAUUUUAUAAAUAUAUGAAAACAAAAUGAAAUUCACUGAGGUGGCCUGCAUAUGUUAUAUGCAAUAAAUCUUUAAAGCUGCCA